AUGACGUCCAUAAAAUUCGCUUUCGCUUUGCUAGCCAUGGCUGCAGUAGCCGUCGCUAAGCCUUCGUAUCCUCUUGCACUGAACUCAGCCAUACCGGACCAUUUCGAACUGGCUCCACCGGUACUGCCACCAACACAUUUCCAUGCGGCUGCACCCGCUCCCGAACCCUGGUUACCUGAACCGCAUUUCCAUGCUGCUGCACCUCUACCGGAGCCUUGGCUGCCAGCGCCUCAUCUAUUACCAGCACCUGCUCCAUUCCUUCCUGCUCCAGCGCCACUGUUGCCAGCUCCAGCACCGAUUCUACCAGCUCCUGCACCAAUUCUACCAGCGCCUGCCGCAUUCCUGCCAGCUCCUGCUCCAUUCCUUCCAGCACCCGCCCUCUUACCAGCUCCCGUAGUACAUCAUCAUCACCACGUGGUGCCCGCUCCACUGCCCGUACCCGUGCCAGUGUUGCAACCCGCGCUCGCGCCUCCAGUAUUGGAGCCUGCAGCAUUUGUAGCUCCGUCAUACCGUGCCGUUCUCGGUCCCAAAACCACCACCCAUCACGUGUCAGUCGGUUAUGCUUUCCCCACAGCGCAUGUGGCUAAAAUAGUGACACCUCACGCUCAUCUCCAUUCCGUACCUGUGCACUCGGCUAAAUUAUUGGCCCACCACCAUCACCACUCCCUAUUCUAA